GGGCGCGGGGGCGGCCGCGACGGGAGCGGCGAUCUGGCAGCCGGGAGGGUGCCGGGAGGCGGAACUGCAACUUGUGGAGCUCGGCGGCCCUCCGCCUCAGUAUCAGACUUCUAUGGAUCAGUUUGCUAAGGACGUCGUGCAAGAUUGUAAGAGCUGAGAAAUCGACGCUGAACCCAUUUCUUUAAAGAGUUGAAGCUGGGAUUUGCCCCUUGUAAGCAGGAAGAUGAUGAGUGACGCUAGCGACAUGUUGGCCGCGGCGCUGGAGCAGAUGGACGGGAUCAUAGCAGGUUCUAAAGCCUUGGAAUAUUCCAAUGGGAUUUUUGAUUGCCAAUCUCCCACCUCCCCGUUUAUGGGGAGCUUGCGAGCUCUGCACCUCGUGGAAGACCUGCGUGGAUUGUUGGAGAUGAUGGAGACAGAUGAGAAGGAAGGAUUGAGAUGCCAGAUCCCAGACUCAACAGCAGAAAUGCUUAUCGAGUGGCUUCAGAAUCAAAUGACAAAUGGACACCUACCCGGGAACGGAGAUGUGUAUCAGGAAAGGCUGGCACGUCUAGAAAACGACAAGGAAUCCCUCGUUCUUCAGGUAAGUGUGUUGACAGACCAGGUGGAGGCUCAGGGAGAGAAGAUUCGGGAUUUGGAGUUUUGUCUUGAAGAACACAGAGAGAAGCUGAACGCCACUGAAGAAAUGCUGCAGCAGGAGCUUCUGAGCAGGACUUCCCUAGAGACACAGAAGCUGGAGUUGAUGGCUGAGAUUUCUAACUUGAAGUUAAAACUGACGGCUGUAGAGAAGGACAGGCUGGAUUAUGAAGAUAGGUUCAGAGACACAGAGGGGCUAAUACAAGAGAUCAAUGAUUUGAGGCUAAAAGUCAAUGAAAUGGAUGGCGAAAGACUUCAGUAUGAGAAAAAGCUCAAGUCUACUAAAGAUGAAUUGGCAUCUUUAAAAGAGCAACUGGAGGAGAAGGAGUGUGAAGUAAAGAGGCUGCAGGAGAGACUGGCUUGUACGGCAAAAGGAGAAGGGAUCGAGGUCCUCGAUCGAGAUGAAAAUAUUAAAAAGAAGCUCAAAGAGAAAAACAUUGAAGUACAGAAAAUGAAGAAGGCAGUGGAGUCCCUGAUGGCAGCAAAUGAAGAAAAGGAGCGGAAAAUAGAAGACCUCCGGCAGUGCCUGAGCAGGUACAGGAAAAUGCAGGACCCAGCAGUUCUGGCCCAAGGCCAAGAUGGUGAGUGUGAAGGUCUGUUCCACUCCAGCUCCAUCUCCACCCUGCUGGAUGCCCAGGGCUUCAGUGAUCUGGAGAGAAGCACUUCUUCUACACCGGGCAUGGGGUCUCCCAGCAGGGACCCGCUCCACACAAGUGCUCCAGAGGAGUUUCACACCACCGUCUUGCAAGCUUCAAUCCCUUCACUUUUGCCACCGACUAUGGAUAUAGAAACUUGUGAAAAACCCAAGUCGUCUACUAAGCCCGAGACUUCAUUUGAAGAGGGUGAUGGAAGAGCAGUCCUGGGCACUGCCGCUGAAGUCUCCCUGUGUGAUGGUGUUUCAAUUUCAACUCUGCAGAAAUCCAGCAGCCUUGGAAAUCUGAAGAAGGAGACGUCAGAUGGCGUGGAGCAGGAGUCUAUCCAGAAGCCUUCAGAGGAUAAAGCUCCAACUGACAGCCGCACAUUUGGGACCCUGCCUCCCAAGGUCCCAGGACAUGAAGCCUCUGUGGAUGACAACCCCUUUGGCACUCGAAAAGCCAGGUCCUCCUUUGGCCGGGGCUUUUUUAAAAUCAAAAGCGGCAAGAGGACAGCAAGCGCACCAAACCUCGACCGUAAACGAAGUGCCAGUGCACCCACCUUAGCUGAGACAGAAAAAGAGACAGCUGAGCACCUAGAUUUGGCUGGUACAUCUCGGUCAAAAGGUUCACAGGGAACCAGUCCAUUCCCAAUGUCUCCACCAUCUCCAGAUUCCAGAAAGAAAUCCAGAGGCAUCAUGAGACUCUUUGGGAAACUUCGAAGAAGUCAGUCAACUACAUUCAACCCAGAUGACAUGUCUGAGCCUGAAUUCAAAAGAGGAGGGACAAGGGCAACUGCAGGACCCAGGCUUGGUUGGUCUCGAGAUUUAGGACAGUCUAACAGUGACCUAGAUAUGCCGUUUGCCAAAUGGACCAAGGAGCAGGUGUGCAGCUGGCUGGCAGAACAAGGGUUGGGGUCCUACCUGAGUUCUUGCAAGCACUGGAUUGUAUCUGGCCAGACUCUUCUGCAGGCUUCUCAGCAAGAUCUAGAGAAGGAGCUUGGCAUCAAGCAUUCACUGCAUCGAAAGAAGCUCCAGCUGGCCCUGCAGGCCCUGGGAUCUGAAGAAGAAACCAACUAUGGAAAGCUAGACUUCAACUGGGUCACUAGAUGGCUGGAUGAUAUUGGCCUCCCUCAGUACAAGACCCAGUUUGAUGAAGGGCGGGUGGACGGUCGAAUGCUACACUACAUGACUGUGGAUGACCUACUGUCCCUGAAGGUUGUGAGUGUGCUGCACCAUCUCAGUAUCAAACGGGCCAUCCAAGUCCUGAGGAUCAAUAACUUUGAGCCAAACUGUCUUCGGAGACGGCCGUCUGACGAGAACAGCAUCACCCCGUCUGAGGUUCAGCAGUGGACCAAUCAUCGUGUGAUGGAGUGGCUGCGCUCUGUGGACUUGGCAGAAUAUGCCCCUAAUCUCAGAGGCAGUGGUGUCCAUGGAGGGCUCAUGGUUCUUGAGCCUCGUUUUAAUGUAGAAACUAUGGCUCAGUUAUUGAACAUUCCACCAAAUAAAACCUUGCUGCGCAGACAUUUGGCUACCCAUUUUAACCUUCUGAUUGGAGCUGAGGCCCAGCACCAGAAGCGAGAUGCCAUGGAGUUACCAGACUAUGUGCUGCUAACAGCUACUGCCAAAGUGAAGCCAAAGAAACUGACGUUUGGCAACUUUGGGAAUCUGAGGAAGAAGAAACAUGAAGAUGGAGAGGAGUAUGUUUGUCCGAUGGAGCUAGGCCAGGCGUCGAGUAGCUCCCAGAAGGGGUUUAGACCUGGCUUGGACAUGCGCCUGUACGAAGAGGAUGAUUUGGAUCGGUUAGAGCAGAUGGAAGAUUCAGAAGGGACGGUGAGACAGAUAGGUGCAUUUUCUGAAGGCAUCAACAAUCUCACGCACAUGUUAAAGGAAGAUGACAUGUUUAAGGAUUUUGCUGCCCGCUCCCCCAGUGCCAGCAUCACAGAUGAAGACUCCAACGUCUGAGCAGAGCACCUGGGCACAUGCCAGGAUCACAGAUGUCAUUUUCCAACUUUGUUUCUCGGACAGUGUAUACAGCAGGUGACAGGUUGUGCAUUGUUUAUUGUUUGGGCUUCUGCAAGCUCAGGAGGAGAUACGGGAAUGGUGCCAAUUCUGAGGAUGCUGAGUGAAAAAAGACACUGGUGAACGGAAGUGCGCUUGCUCUGCCUCUAUUUAAUGUAAAGUUUGUGACAUGUGCUAUCGGAAGUGUUGCAUUUACGGUUGGGUGUUUACCAGAGUGCUUCGCCCACAUCCCCAGGAGGGAGGGUCUGGCCACAUCAGUGUUCACGGCUGAGCUGAACGUGCUGCUCUCCAGGUCACAGUGCCAGUGCCACCAUGCCAGCAGCACCUCCACUUGCCUCUCGCUGUCUUAUUUUUAUAUAUUUUUCUAAAUACAUGUAUAUAUACAGUAUACAGAAAACAGAACCUUUAUUUUGUGACACAAGGAUCAGAAGAUCGUGUUAAAGCAAAGAAACCCCAGUGAUCAUAUACCAGCUGAUUCCUGGAGAUACCACAGUCCCAUUUUUUUCUCCACUGAAUUUUAACAGUGUUGACCAUUCGGGCUAAAUUCUACAUGGUACACUUCUUUGGUUCCCAUAAAAUUAAUUUUAGGUGUUACCUCAUCAACUCGAAGCCUUUGGAAGUACUUACAUCCUCAUCAGAAAAGUUUUUGUUAGAAUGACUUGGGAAAAACAAACAAACAAAAAAAAAAUGGAAUCUUUACAUCUUAAGUUUCUUUUUUUUCUUUGCUAAACUCAUCGUUAAGUUGAAAUAAGGAAUCGGCAUAGCCAUGUCGACUGUACCUUACACUCAGGUCAGCUGAUGGAGCUUUAUAUUAUUUCAAUCCAGAUCCAAAUAUUUUAAAGCUGCAGAACAUUUUCUAAUGGUUAUCCUGUCCAGUAGCACGUUGCUCGUGUUUUCCGUCACAAAGGGCCCAAAGGCUUUUUGUAAAGAAAAUAGAAAUCUACAAAGCAAGUGUUCUGUGGUGUGUGUUUAUGAGUGUUUUUAGCAGUGUUAGAGACAAUCUGCUUUCCAUUCAGGGCUACUCAAAAUGAGACCACCUGUGUUCCGGACAGGAGCUUACACACUGGGGGACAGGUGGACAGGUCAGUUUAUGGUGAUAGAUCUGGUGGUAGCCAUUUCCAAAUGUCAGCAGUAUUCCUUUCUUAUGCUCUGCAGGUUAUAAAGCUGUUCAUCGUGAACCGUUGUAACACUGCUGUUUAUUUCUAAUUAAAUACCAGAUGCUAACAGUGAUUUCCUUUGAAUGUUCCCCUUCAUUAUUUCAUGACUACAUUGGCUUCUUCUUGUAUCGGGGUUUUAGUUUAACAUGAAUAAAUAUCACCAUUUGAAAAGCUCAAUUUGUCAUUAGAGCCUGGUUGAAAAUACCAGCAGACUGUUACAGAUGCCAAAUAUUCUUUAUUAAGGACAGUGUAACAACUGAUGAUAUGUGAUAAAGUUAAAAACUUUUGAUUAUAUAUUUUAUUUACAAAAGUAUUAUGCAAAGUUCACAUUACCUUAUGAGAGGAAAUAAAGUCAGUUGAUAAUUGCCUUGUA